GGACGACGACGGGUCGAAGAUGGCGGCGCUGGCUGGGCUGGCGGGGCUCCGCGCCCCCGUGCGACCGCUCCUCCGCUCAGGGUCGCUCCUGUACGGCAGCGGCUGGGCCCGAGCUGUGUUCCCGGGGCUCCCGCCGGCUCAGAGAAGACCCUUCAGCAACGACAAAGUCCUAGUGGAGGUGGACACAAGCAGCGGGGUGGCGGUGAUGAAGAUGAGGAACCCGCCGGUGAACAGCCUCAGCCUGGAGCUGCUGACGGAGUUUGUGAUCUGCCUGGAGAAGCUGGAGAAUGACAAGAGCUGCAGAGGCAUCAUCAUCACCUCGAACAGCCCCGGAGUGUUCUCGGCGGGCCUGGACCUGACGGAGAUGUGCGGGCGGACCCCGGCCCACUACGUCCAGUACUGGAAGGCCGUGCAGGAGCUGUGGCUCAAGCUCUACGCCUCCAACCUGGUCAUCGUGGCCGCCAUCAAUGGGCCCAGCCCGGCCGGAGGGUGUCUGGUGGCCCUGACGUCUGAUUACCGGAUCCUGGCCGACAACCCGAAGUACCGCAUCGGCCUCAACGAGACCCUGCUGGGCAUCGUGGCCCCUUUCUGGUUCAAGGACAACAUGGUCAACACAGUCGGCCACCGGCAGGCGGAACGGGCCCUCCAGCUCGGCCUCCUCUUCCCGCCCGCGGAAGCGCUGCGGGUGGGACUGGUGGACCAGCUGGUCCCCGAGGAGCAGGUCCAGAGCGCGGCCGUGGCCGCCGUGGGCCAGUGGCUGGCCAUCCCAGACCACGCGCGCCAGCUCACCAAGGCCAUGAUGAGGAAGCCGACGGUCGAGCGCCUGCUCAAGGGCCGGGAGGCCGACGUGCAGAACUUUGUCGACUUCCUCUCCAGAGACUCGAUCCAGAAGUCUCUGCACGCCUACUUGCAGAUGCUCAAGCAGCGGAAAGGCUGAGGCCCAGGGCAGCUCGGCGCCCCCAACGCCCCAAUUCCCCCGGCUGCGGCCGGGGGCUCCGGCAUCCGUUUAAAUCGUAGGUAGUUUCUCCUCUCCCUGCUGUGUUCCCUCUUAGGCCCGGGGCCUGAUACCCCCCAUGCCCACCCCUGCCUCUGCUCUGGCGGGGCCAGAGGAGAGGCAGUUGGGGGAUGGGGGUUAGGGGCAACGGGCAGGCAGGCGGAUGGACGGAAGGAGGGAGAUGCGCUUUAACCUGAGAAUCACGGCCUGGUGCAAGAGCUGUUGGGGUGGGCAGAUUGUGAAUAAAGUGCUCCAGAUGGCA